AAAGAGAAGGAGAGAGAAGUUCGUUGGUUUGUCCGUACUCUCUUUGUGUGGCUGUCACACACACGGCAGCAACAGAUUAAUUCACUAAAAAAAUAUCACACCCACUAUUAUUACCUUCCUAACCUCCGAAUCUCCCUCUAUCGCUCUCUCUCCCCCUCCUUCCCCUUCAUAAUAGGGAUUUCAGAUAGACUUUCUCCUGUCUCUCCUCUCUCUCAUUGAUUGGUUUGGGCCAUUUCACCAAACGCCCUAACCGGAGAUCUCUCUUCGUUUUUGGCCCACUGUAACAUCUCGCGACAAUGAGAGAGAUCUUGCAUAUCCAAGGAGGCCAAUGCGGUAACCAAAUCGGCUCCAAGUUCUGGGAAGUCAUCUGCGACGAGCACGGCGUUGACCCCACCGGAAGGUACCGUGGAGACGCCAACUCCGAUCUUCAACUCGAGAGGAUCAAUGUCUAUUACAAUGAGGCUUCCGGCGGCCGGUACGUCCCUCGCGCCGUCCUCAUGGAUCUUGAACCCGGUACCAUGGACAGCAUCCGAUCCGGUCCGUUCGGCCAGAUCUUCCGCCCUGACAACUUCGUCUUCGGCCAGUCCGGUGCCGGCAACAACUGGGCCAAAGGUCAUUACACCGAAGGUGCCGAGUUGAUCGAUUCCGUUCUCGAUGUUGUUCGCAAGGAGGCCGAGAAUUGUGACUGCCUUCAAGGUUUUCAGGUUUGCCACUCACUUGGAGGAGGCACUGGGUCGGGCAUGGGAACCCUUCUGAUAUCAAAGAUUAGAGAGGAAUACCCAGACAGGAUGAUGCUGACAUUCUCUGUUUUCCCUUCACCAAAGGUCUCAGACACCGUCGUGGAACCAUAUAAUGCCACUCUUUCAGUGCACCAGUUGGUUGAGAAUGCUGAUGAAUGCAUGGUUCUUGAUAAUGAAGCACUUUAUGACAUUUGCUUCAGGACCCUAAAGCUCAGCACCCCAAGCUUUGGUGACCUGAACCAUUUGAUAUCUGCAACCAUGAGUGGGGUGACAUGCUGCCUAAGGUUCCCUGGGCAGCUGAACUCCGACCUCCGGAAGCUGGCUGUGAAUCUGAUUCCAUUCCCACGUCUUCACUUCUUCAUGGUGGGGUUUGCCCCUCUAACCUCUCGUGGGUCCCAACAGUACAUCUCCCUCACUGUGCCAGAGCUAACUCAGCAAAUGUGGGAUGCCAAGAACAUGAUGUGUGCUGCUGACCCUCGUCACGGACGUUACCUGACAGCCUCAGCAAUGUUCAGGGGAAAGAUGAGCACCAAGGAGGUGGAUGAACAGAUGAUCAAUGUGCAGAACAAGAAUUCGUCCUACUUUGUUGAGUGGAUUCCUCACAAUGUGAAGUCAAGCGUAUGUGAUAUUCCUCCCAGGGGUUUGAAAAUGGCGUCGACUUUUGUGGGCAACUCUACAUCGAUCCAGGAGAUGUUCAGGAGAGUGAGCGAGCAGUUCACAGCCAUGUUCCGGCGCAAGGCCUUUUUGCAUUGGUACACUGGGGAAGGGAUGGACGAGAUGGAGUUCACAGAAGCUGAGAGUAACAUGAAUGAUUUGGUUGCCGAGUACCAGCAAUACCAAGAUGCUACUGUCGAGGAUGAUGGUGAGUACGAGGAGGAGGACGGUGCUGAAGAGAACUAUGAGGACUAAAACCUCUUUGGCAACAAAUUACAUAUGGAGAACCGGAAAAGAGGUUUGACAUGAAGGGUACCUUCCUUCAUGCUUGUGUACUAGAUUGUUAUAUGUGUUUCAACGUUUUGCUUUAUCAUUUGUUUCUCUUGCUUCCUUCUGGGUUCCGGUCUCAGCUAAUCAAGCUUAUCACCUUGCGCGAUUGGUCAAUAUUUGUAGUAUAUCAUCUUA